AAAAAUUAAUAAAACAACGAUAUUCUUUUAAUUCAAUUAAAAACAUGAUGGAAAACCAAACUUCCUCCUCUGCUUUAUUCUCAACAUCCUCCACUUCUAAUCUCGAGAAUGGAAAUUGUGCUGCGGAAAGUCGAGUUCCUGCUUCUUCUGUUUUAUCAUUUUCUUCUACUACCUCUUCUGCUGAUAUUUGUGUAGACGAUGACAACAACGCUGAUGGAACUCGGGAUACGUCAAGUUCUUUGAAAAGGCCACUUGAUGAACAAGAAUUGUGUUCUGUGUGUAAUGAUACAGCAACCGGAUAUCAUUAUGGAACUCCUUCCUGCAAUGGCUGUAAAACCUUCUUCCGCCGUACAGUAAUGAAAAAGCAGGUAUUUCAAUGCCAAUUUGAUGGAAAUUGUCCUGUGGAUAAAAAUGUCCGUUGCGCUUGUCGACAUUGCCGAUUUAAAAAAUGUUUAGAGGCGGGAAUGAGCAAAGAAUCUAUACAAAAUAAUCGGGAUCCAAUUGGAUACACUAAAAGGACACGAAGAAUACUCAACCAAUUUCCCCCAUUUUCUGAAGAAGCUUCCUCCUCCACAGGGAUAACUGCAGACACUCCAACAAAUUCUUUAGUUCCUAGUAAUGGUAUGCCUUCAUUUACUUCGCCUUCAUUUACUUCGUCUCAAACUUCCUUCAACCCUUUUUUGAAUCCAAUACCUAACGUAUCAAGCAAUAAUAACACUCAAGGUAAUAUGUGUUAUUUUUAG